GAUGUGCUCCUGUUCUCGCUCUCUUUCUCAUUGAAGCUCAGAUUUGCUCUGAUUUUUAUAUUGCCUCUCUAGGAGUUUCGGAGAUGAUUGCUCGACAUUUAAUCAUUCAGUAGGAUCACGCCCCCCCUGCUGUUGAAGUUUCUACUGAGCGGGAUUCGAGAAGCGAUGGAUUUCCCGUGUCAGAGCCUCCCUUGGUUUGAUUUCUAAUUUUUUAGGAGCGGCAUUCGAUUCUUCCGAAAAGAUUGUUGUACAAGAGUUCACUGCCCUGAUUCCAGAGCUGAACUGCUGUGCUUCGCCUAGAGGCCUACAAGUUCUGCACGACUAAUCGUCAUUACGGGAGAUGAUGAAACCGACAUGAGAAGCAGUUGUCGUGCAGCCGUAGAGACCAUGGAUAAACUUUGCAGCGAUCUUUACGACGGGAAAUCACACCACCCUAGUUUGCAGUAAGCUGAAACAGCGGAGAAGUGCUCGAAUGUUCCAAGGACGAAAACGAAAUAGGGAGUGAAACUAACAGUUUCGGCAUUCGUGCACUCCCCAGCACCCUCGGAACACAAUUUGAGCGGCGAAGUUUCGUUGCACAACGAUGGAUGGCGUCAAAGAAGAGGAGCUCAAUGAGCUCUUGUCCGGUGCUCUAAUCAGGGUUCCUAGCCUGCGUGCCCCUCGCAGACCUGAUCCUGCACCCGCCCAUCUUGGAGUCAUGUUGAUCAUCGCCGGCAUUGCAUCGGUCGCUCUCUGCAUUUACACCCUCGCCACAGCCAAGAUCUUGCCUCCGGCAAGAAAUCCCUCCGUGGACAUGAUGAGGAGUGACUGGUACUACUGCCUGCUUCUUCCCCUCACUCUUCCGGUGACGCUGGUGGCGAUAUAUCUGCACUGGCUCAGUAUGAAGCUGUUCAAGCACGCGUAAUCGCAGCUACGGCAUUGUGAGUAGAGGGCUUCGUGCGCGAGACUGCCAAUGAGUCUCUUUUGACUGCAGUGGCCGAUCGAUGUGAAUGUGAAUUUCUUCUGCCUUUGAGUCAGUCUGGUGUUGGCGUGCACAUGGCCUGUUCCGAUUGUCCACCGACAUGUCCUGUACGAAGGGCCGAAUGCGGUGCUUCUUUGCUUCCGUCAGACCCGCGCAAGUAAUCGGACGGAAUGUCUUCUGCAGCUCUGUGUGACCAAUUUUGGAUCUCGAUUCUGAGGCAGUCGAGAUUGCUUUCCUGUCAUCUAUCGGAAGGAGUGACAGUAGACGCUCUGGGAGGUGGCCUGAAGCAGGCUUGGGCUUCCACGGGCACACUGUCAAUGGGAUUCCGCGAUGGAAGACAUCAUUCCGAUUCUUGAAUUUGCGGAUGGAUUUGCGGCUUGUCACAGCCAUGAUUUGCGGACACUGAAAUGAGACUGGUCAAAUACAAAUCACCGCAUCUGCUUUAUUGUACAGAAGGAGUAUUGUAAGAGCACAUGGGGAACAGUAGCAAGUGUUCACCGUUUUAAAUAUUACUGAAAGUUUUUCUAAACCCUGGCGCGCAGGACGCUCAGAGUAAGCAAGGAGCGCUUAUUUCUAGACUACAAACAUGUAAGCGCAACAUUCCUCCGGCCAAGCUGGCAGAGAAUAGAGCAGGUGGCUGUCAGAUGUAGGUUGAUGAGUGAGGCCGGAGAUAUGCUGUUAACAACCGAGUUUCUACCUCAGACUUUCUUGUACGAUCACUCUUCGAGGGGUAGACUUGGUAGAGAAAUUUUCGACGGGUGCUGUUCAAAUUCAGGAGCCGCGAGCUGAGAUAUCUCUUGUAGCCAUAUUGUGCCACGAUAAAAUAUCGAACGAGAAGUUCAAAUCCUCUUUCAUUUACUCUGCCUGGAAACACU